AAUUCCGAUAGUCUUGAAUGCAGCAGGGAUGAUGCUGCCUUGGAUCCAUAUUACCUUGUUAGCAGGUUGCAAGCUAGCUGAACACAAGCGGUACAGUGCGGAUACAAGAGGAUGUCACACGCUCUUUAAUACGAACUGAGGACUUCGCGGUUGUCAUCGUCUUGACACAAGCAGGACUAAUAACUCCCAAACUUUAGCGAGAUGACGACGCGGUCGGAGCGUGAAAAAGCCCAGAAAUUGAAUGAGCAGCAUCAGGCCAUUCUGUCUAAACUGCUGAGGGAAGAACACAACAAGUUCUGUGCUGACUGUGAGGCAAAAGGUCCUCGAUGGGCGUCAUGGAACCUCGGUGUGUUCAUGUGCAUUCGCUGUGCCGGCAUCCACCGCAACCUGGGGGUCCACAUCUCCAGAGUCAAAUCUGUCAAUCUUGACCAGUGGACAUCUGAGCAGAUCCAAAGUAUGGUGGACAUGGGCAACAGUAGGGCCAAACAGCUGUAUGAAGCCUACCUACCAGAGAACUUCAGACGGCCACAGACAGACCAAGCAGUGGAGGUCUUCAUCCGGGACAAGUACGAGAGGAAAAAGUACUGCAACAAGGAGGCCCUGACUGCAGCUCCACCUAAGUCCUCUGAAGCCGCUCCUCCGUCCAUCUCACCGUCCUCCCAGGCUGACAGAUGCCAACCGGAGAAGGAGCGUGAAAAGAAUAAAGAAGAGAAGAAGAAGGAUGUUAAUAAAGUGGAGAAACAUAACAACGCAAAGCAGCCCGAGUGUAGAGCCAGUCCCAAGGGAAGCACAGAGCCGGCUGUGGACCUGCUGGGCCUGGAGGCACCAGAGGGUGAUGGGAGGGGCUCGAGUGGUGCUGCACCAAUCAGCGAUGAACUGGACAUCUUUGGACCAAUGGUCUCCAACCCUCUCCCCUCUUCCAACAACACACAGCAGUCUGUGUCCAGUCCAGCCCCUCCACAGGCGGACCCCUCCACCUCGUCCUCUUCCUCCUCCUCUACCUCCACUGCUACCACCACAAAGGCGGAGGAAAAGAAGCUUUUAUCUAAAGACUCCAUCCUGUCUCUGUACGCCAGCAGCUCAGUGGCCAGUCAGCCGCAGAGCCAGCAACAGCCUGCUCCAGGACAAGCAGGAAUGUACGUGGGCCAGCCUCAGAUGCCGUUCACGCCGCAGGGUUUCGCUCCGGGGAUGGGCGGAGCCGCCAUGGGCGUAGGAGGGGCCAUAAUGCCCAACGGCGGCUACAUGGGCAUACAGCAGCAGGGCGGGUUGCCAGCCAACCAGAACAUGUACAGCAUGCAGCCAGGACAGCAGCAAGGACAGUGGAACAUGAGCCAGGUGACCCAGCAGAUGUCAGGCAUGGAUGUGAGUGGUGAAGUGCCGGCGCCAGCCACUUUCAGCCAGGCAGGGGCCCCUGCGGCUGGCUGGCCCGCGGGUCCACCUGCAGCUACUGGCCAGACCCUCAGCACUCAGCUGUGGAAGUGAGGAAAAGGGGGUCCGGAAGAGGAGUGGGGGAAAACGGAGGGCAGUCAUAUGGCAACAAAAUAACCACAUUUUCUCCUGACCCACCCAUCUCCGAGUAAAGAACGCGCAGCGGGGGGUAGUUUGACUGCCCUUAGCACCCCCCAAGAAAAAACCUACACACCUUCACCAUGAUUCCUUUAAAAAGCCAAGAUGACAUCACACUUGAUUGAGACAGAAAAAAAAGAAAGACUGGCAGCUGUUGUUUCCCAUCUUUAUUCAGCUUUCCUCUUCCUUUUUGAUUUCUUUUGUUGUCUGAAGAAAGAGACAAAAACAGCAGAAUCAACAGUAAAAGAAAGCUGCUGGACCAAUAACAUCUAGUGUGUAUUAUAGUAAUAUUAUAUCAUCACCAAAAUGGAUAGUUAGUGAAUAGUCUUUCAAUACCUACAGUAGAUAUGGCUAUUUCAUGGUUGGCUUAUAAUACUAUUAGUGCGUUCCCUUUGUAAUCUGAAGUUGGAUUGCUGGAGGUCAAAGUCAAAAACACACCCCCUGACCUCGGAUUUCCAAGCUCGGAACUCGGACAGCCCCACAGUACCCCGAGUUCAAAAUCCAACGUGGCUUUUCUGUGCAGUUGGGACAAGUUGUUGUAACAUACAGUUAUUAGCCCUUCUGUCAUAUUUGUGUCUCUCUAAACUAGUCGAACACACAGUCCUGUCCAUCUUCUAUCUGUGGACAUGUUGCUAUGUUUUUUAUGCACAAAAACAGGGUAAUCCGUUGUUAUCAACUGGUGUUGCUAACAAUGGCCAAUCUGGCUUGAGCUAACCUCAAAAGGAAAAAUCCAACUUGUAAAUGGAACUCAUUCAUCUUGGGUGUGAUGUCAUUCCCCGCUCCGAGUUCCGAGGUAAAUGGAAGGCACUAUAUGUCCUCACCCCCCCUCUCUGCUGUGUAUAAUGUAGCCCUCCCCUCUUCCUCUCCCUCCCUCCCUCCUCUCUGUAGGGCGAGCUGAGUCUCGUAGCAGAUAGUUGUCUGAACAGUACUGUAUUCAUGUGAUUAUGAUGUGAACCUCCCACUUUUCAGAGCCAUAAGAGACAGGUUGAUGCUGAUUUUGGUUUGAGUUCUCUUCAUCCCCAUGGGGGAAAUGAUCUGGAGACGAGGUUCUCCAGUUGACUUUGAGCAUCACGUGGAGCUGAAUAGGGUUUGACUGACAUGGGUUUAAAGCUGCUUAUACGGUAGUUAUUUGCACUGAUUCACUGAGUUAUUGUCACGUAAUUUGAAAAUUUUUCUACGAAGAAAUCUAAAAACAUUCAACAGUGUAUAAUAGCAACCACCUGAGGGUUUUUUACCCCCAAAACGGCAGCCAGUGUACCACUGAUCAGCUCUACAGUAAAGACUAUAUACAGCAGUGGUUCCUUUCCUUCAGGUUGGGUCAAAAGAUACACAUGAGGGUUUGGAACUUUAUUGAAUUAGGGAACAAGAAAGAAAAUUCCAUUUCUUGUUGAGAGAGUCUGCGGCUAUAUUCGUUAGAGAAGGGAAGACCACUCAUUGAAUGUCUCCCAACUCAUAGACCCACUCCAACUGUGACAAGGGGUCACAAGAAGGGCAGGUUGAUCCAGCCAACAAAUAAAAUCUAUCUUUUAUCAUUUUUUCCCCCUCACAAAUGCAAAAAAGACUUGAACAUGACAGAACCAUUCAUAUGGUUGUGGCUAAAAGGAAUCCAAACCAUGAUCUUUUUCCUUAACUAGUCUUUUUCGUGCCUAAACUUAACUGCCGUAGUCGUAGCUGUAUCCCUUUUUGCCUCAACCCAUUGAUAUAUCAAAAUAACUGCACCAACUACAGGGCAAACUUUGUUUUAAACAAUAAGGGUUAGCCCAAACAACUAAGGACUGUCAGGCACCAGAUUCUCCAAUUAAAAGAAAUAGUUCCACAUUUUGGGGAAUACACUUAUUUAAUUUCUUCCUGAGAGUUAGAUCAGAAUAUUGAUACAAAUGUUAUGUGUGUCUGCUAGUAGUGCUGUAGUCAAGACCGCCUAAAUCGAGACCAAGUCAUCACUAAGACCAGAGACCGAGACAAGGCCGGGUCUUUGAGGUGUUGAGACCGGGUCAAGACCAAGACCAGACCAGUGCGAGUUCAACACUGCAUCACACCAUGACAUGUGGCAAGUGUUAACUAUAGUCACUCUUCAAAUUGAUCUGAAAGAGCUACUGUCCAAUCAAAAAACACCCACAGAAAACAAAAAAAAAGUUUAUGAUGUUAAGAAUAAUAAGUAUGUGAUGUUAAGAAUAAUCAAAAGGCAGUUCAAACCCUGAGUCCUCUUUAUGUGAGAAAAAAUGCGAUUACAAGACCGCACACUGUCUGCUAGGUGUCGAAAACGGUCAAAAGUCAAAAAAAGGUUUGCAACCACUGAUGAAUAUACACAUACUGUGGGAACACUGUCUGGCCAGUUAUCAAGUAUGAGAUGAUGAGAUGAAUAUAUCGGUCUGUUUCUCUACUGCUGCAUACAACCCGCAGGACUCCCUUUAAGUCGGAGUGAUUGCUGGGUGCCCCUGUGUGUCUUUAGUAGCCAUGCUGUGGUGUUUUGAAGUGUUUUUAACCUCUAGUGGGCUGGGUUCAGUCGUUCCUUGUUAAGAACUGCUUCUUCCCCUGCGCUCCCUGAGGCAAAGAAAUUGCGCUACUUGAAUCACAGCCGUUUGCCUUUCCUGCAGUUCAAAUAGCAGAGCAGGUACUGUAUCUCCGGCUGUGUUGUGGUUUCGUCUCCCAGAUCGCUGUCAGGGAACAGCAGAGCAGGGGCUCCAGCCCAAAAUGUUCUCUUAAAUGCCCAGGAUCUUUGUCAGAUUUUACUGCCUUUCAGAGGCUGUAGUGGGUUCUGUUUAAAGCUAGUGAAGCUUGAUAUAGCUAUCUUAUUAAACUAACACUUCAAGUUAAAGUUCCUUAAAGGCAACAUUAUGGCCAGGGAUAAACUGGUGUGGCCAUUUCUCAUGGGGUCCCUUGCCCUCUCACUUCUAGAUAUGUAAAUGAAAAUGGGUUCUAUUGGGACCCACUAGUCCCCCCUUUACAGAGUUCACUUUAUUAUAAUCCCAUGUAGUUUUUCCUUGGCAACUAUCAUUUUUUCACAAAUGGUUUACAUAGUUCUAGGCAUUCUAUUAUCAAGUAGCUUAAAAAAUAGUGCAAAUAGCUACUGUAAGUGGGAAAUCAAAUCUCCCAAAAGGAGCAUGUCCCCUAGGUUUGGGCUGAGUCCCAAAUGUACUAUAUGUGGCUCUGCCCCUGCAGCAGAGAUAAGUGAACUGUCAGUUCACUUCCAGCUGCAGGGUAAGAUUUCUACCAUCUUUUUCUUUUUAAAAAUCGGACCGAAAUGUUGCUCCCUUCGUGUAUGAUGCUAUAACCGUAUGUCUGCCAUCCACCAUCUUUAUUGUGGUGUUUUGUUGUGUGCAGUACAAGAGAAGCACAGUUAGUCUGAAGCAAAUAAACCUGGAUGACCAAUCAGAGGGCUGGAUGAUGAGGGAGGAACAGGAUUGGACAGUAUGAAAAAGGGGACCUGUAUGAAAAUGCUGGAUGGGUCCCAUCACCGCUGUCCAGUCCUUGUUUAUUAGGAGUAAGGACAGAGAAGCAUGAGUAAAAAUGAACAAACAACGAAUACGUACACACACACUCACGCACGCACACACAUGUGAACAGUUACCAUCACACUGCCGAGUGCCGAUGCAGAGAUUCAUGUCCAUAUAAACAGGGUCCCUCUGCCAUGCAAUAACUGUAGCACUCUCUUAAACACAUUAGUGUGAACAACACAUAUAAACAUAUUCAUUAAAUCUGUUGUCCUCCAGGUUUAUUUCCAACGUGUUUACAUUUUCUGGUGCCUAGUACAGACAAAAGUGGUUUCCGUGCAUUGAAGAAAAA